AUGUUCAAACCCAAGACCCGCCCCGUCCCCUCCCCCGGCGCUCUCAGAGUCCUCACCCAACUCGCCUACAUCUCCAGCGGAACGGCUUUGGGAGCCGCGGCGUUGUGUACGGAGGAGAGGAGACGCAGGAUUAAAGUUGUGCAGAGGUUGGCGGAUACGGCGAGGGUUAUAAGACAGCAUCCGCGGUAUGCUGGGGGUGUGGCUUUCGCGAGGGAGGGUGGGGAGGAGGAGGGGGUGAUGUUUAGGCGGAGAAAGAGAAGGAGACGGGAGGGUUGGGGAUUGGAGGGGGAGGGGGUGAGGGGGGCGGAACUGCCUAGCAUGGUUGAGGCGGGGUAUGAGGAGACAGUCGAAGAAGGAGGAAAUUCUUGGGGGUUGCGAGAUGGGAAGAAGAGAGCACGGGGCAGGAAUGAAGCCAGGACGGCGGCGGCAUAUACGCCUUUUGGCGCGAGCGAUAUGGACGUGGCCAACGCGAGUGCUGACCAUGACGCGCCGUCUGAUGGACAUCGAGCCGAGCGAGCCAACUCAGCAGACCAGCGUAUAUUUGCGAUGUCGAAAGACCCAUCGCGAGCAUUGGGUAGUACGCAUGUCUUACGGGACGACGCGGUCUCGGGUACGCCAGACUCCUACGACCAGUCACGAAGUCAGCCCUCCAAUAUCAUAUUCAAGCACAUCAGAAGGAAGCCGAACGGAUUCUGGACAUUUGAGCGUCUUGGUGACAUGCCGCCGGCGCGUCUUCGACCGGAUCAGCUUUCUGAGGAGUAUCAGACCAGGGACGCAUGGAGGGAUCUCAGAGGUCAUAGUGCCGAAAGUUCUCGGUUACUGAGCAGCGUGGCCGGCCUUGGUCCUGAGCACAUCACGCACGAUGUUGAGCUAUUCUUCGCUCAAGAGUCAAGCAACCGCCCCGCUCCCGCGAUCCUACAAUCGAGAGCCGACCGCGCCGAUCAAUUGCUGCUGCUGGCCAUCCGACAGGGCUCUCUGGACGAUGUUCGUUCGCUCUGCCUUUGGAUGCUCGGUCAGGGCACCUUCAGAGAAUGGCACAGCCUUCUUCUCGCAACGUAUUAUGGCACGCUUGUUGCUACCGGAGACCAAGACGAGGUGCUCGAUUUCUGCCUAGGAGUGCGGUCCACCUCCGCUUACCAACGUCUGAGUCUCGCAAAGCAGUUGGAGCACAGUUUGCUCAUUCUGGCCAAUGCAGACACCAACGCUUCGGAAGAGCUGAACAUUUACAAGCUUGCUGAUAAGGUGCUCGGCAAAGCAUUCAAGAGUUGUGCACUACAAGACGUCGUCGACGGUGUUGAUUCCAUGUGCCGCUCUCUUGUCAGGAGCGGCAACAUAUCGAUCGCCGCCGAACUGUUUCUGACGCUAUGGAAAAAAGACAGGGAUCUUUUCUCGAUUCACCUUACGCCUAAAUAUUUUGCAGCUGUUGCAGACGUGGUCAUCGACGGCGGACUCUCGAGCGGAGAGCUGUCAGCCACAGGGCGCCUCCUCCGAUGGAAACUUACUUAUGACGAUCAUUAUUCGGAGCAGUCGAUACAAUACAUCAAGGGGUUCAUCGCGGCCUGCGGGUCUCGCAAGAUGUUCUCAACAUUGUUCGAUCUCUUCUUUUCUAAGCGGCGCAUCCCGAUCCCAAUGGAUGUCCUCAAGGGCUUUGACGAACCGAACAGGAUACUGCUAGUGACCGCGGCAAUGGCAGAGCCAGAUACUGAGACACUACAAGCAUCCUGGCUGCCGCUCCGCAAUUCGCUUUCUAAGCCGCAGCAACGGGCAGUGCGAAAUGCUUCGAUCAGAGGCGAGCUAGAAUCUUUGUGGCAUUCCACUCGUGACCUGCGUGUAGUCGAAAGCAAGUCUCUCGCGCUCCAGAGGCAGACGAAAAAGCAAAGUACCAUGCUUCAAAUCAGGGAAGCUAUGCUUGGAAUCUACAUAAAUGCUGGCAAAGUCGAGGAAGCAUUGGCGCUCAUGUCACUUCUGCAGAAAGCGGAAGGUUUGAACAGCCGCACACUGCGCCAUGCCGCGCAUGUGUUCGCCUCGAGCAGUAGGUGGGACGAGGUAGAGCGUAUCACCAAGCUUGCUGAGCGGCAAGAGCUUGAUGGGCAAGACUUCGAUGCGACAGCAGGUUGGGAUAGGAUUGUCCAUCUCUUCGCUCAAGAGCACACUGCUGAGAAAACAUGGGCAUUUGUUGACAGUCUCACCCAUGCAACAGGCUUCACACCUAGCACAGCGACGGCCAAAAUCGUCUUGUCGUCAUGCAUCACCCACCAGUCGCUUGGCCUCAUUCCCAAAUGGCUGGCACACCUGAAAACGAUCGGCCUCCAAUUCGACUUCGACAGUAAGGUCGUGGCAAGCAUGCUGACGACUUACUGGAUCGAGCACCGACCAAAGCACAAGAGGAUCAUGUGGAUCUGCUACUUCCUGCACCGACACGUAUCGGCCUUCAAGGCUGCGGACUUCCGGGGCCUAAUGAAGGCCGCUAUUGCGUAUGAUCUCAGGAAUCCUUUCGAGCAGGAGUUUGGAAUGAACAAUCCUCGCGAGCACGCUUCGGCGAGGCUGGAACGUGUGGACAAGCUGCCGGGCCAUCUGGCGAUUCCGGGGUGGACGAAGUCUUUUGAUGAUGGUAUAGAAUUGUCGUUCAGUCGGGGAACUGGGAGGUUCGCGGGGAUUAGGGUGCGGUAUACGGCUGACAGUGAGGAAGCUGAAGCGGACAGCGACUCGCUGUUUGAUGCUGAAGGCAGCGAUGCACGCUCACAAGAAGGCCUGGCUGCUGUAAUCAGGCAGCCAGAUUCUGGUUCCUCCGAAGUGGAAGCCAACACCUCGGACAGUAGAGCCAUCGAGACUUUAUCGCCCACAGCGUCCGAUGCACUAAACGUUGCAGGAGAUGUUCGCGCCAAGACUGAGGAGUUCGACCUCACCAGCAGCGGCGCAAGAACUGGAUCGCCGACUAACCGGUCCGAAUUAGGCCACGAUCGUUCUGGUCAUGAGACAAGUGUCUUGUCCGAUCACACCGAAUCGAAUGCUGCUGCGGCUGAGUCAGACCCAAGAGGACUCUUGCCCGCCGACAGCUUCAGCCAAGGAAGCAGCGUCUCGAAAGACAAAGCCAACAAUGACUCCUCGUCAGUCGACUCGACGUCAAUGGAUAUCGAAGAAGAUUACCAUGCCAUGAUCGAGCAGUUCAACGUAGACGAAGGCAACGCAGAACGACCACCAAAUCGCAAGAUCCAUCAGAGCUAUCAAGACGAGGGCCUGGACAAUACCAAUAUCUCGUUUGAGCAAAUCCGUCCUAACCGCGAUACCUAUCACUCUAGCUCCGCCGUGAAUGAGCUGCUCGACGCUUCAAACGAUCAGCCCAGCACAGGUCGGAUUGAAAGGGAGUUGGUGGUAGCUCUGUCAACGGGUCACUACGAAUCAGCGCUACAGCUCUACGAGCAGAACCUCGACGCCAAGGGACUUCCAUUGUCCGUGCGCAGUCUCGAGGUCGCGGUAGAGGCAUGCAUCCGAUUUUACCAAGGCAACACCACCGAAGCCGAAGCGCUUCUCGACCGCGCCUCCAAAGCAGGUUUCAAUGUUACCUGCGCCAUGGGUCCGCUGAUCGUCGCACGCAUGCGCAGGAUGAACAAGAUGCAGAAGCGCAACGCCAACAAGCUCCGCAUGACGGUCAUGGACUACUACCGCAUGAACGACGAGAACGGUUGGAAAGUCUCGCACCAUAUCGCCACCACGGCCGCGCACAUCCUAAUCUCGAACAACUGCCCCGAGCACGGCGUCAACCUCCUAGCAGCGAUCUACAAGUCCGAAUGGGCCGCUCGUCGACCUCUCGAUGCCCCCGCCAUGACCGUCUUCCUGAUGGGCUACAACGACAUGCGACAUCUCGCCGGCGUCAAAUGGGUCGUCGACUACGUCCUCCAAAGCGGGAUGCGCAUCGCCCGCUCCUUCAUGCGCGAGCUCAAGCGCUCCUACCAACUCCCUGAGGACACUCCAUCGACGUCCCGCCGUGUGCGCGAGCGCUUCACCAAGCCAGCUGAUCGUGCGCUCCUUCGGUCGUGGGCAGAGGAGUGCUAUACCAAGCGUCUGCAGCAGAUCCACGAUGACUACGCCUUUGGUCUGAAGCUGGACUGGACGAUCAAGAAAUGUGCGAAGCAGGAAGGGCUGGCCGUGUUGGCGGAUUACGAUGAGGCGUAUCAGAUGUUUGUGCGCGGUGGACUGGAUCCGGAGGAGUUUGAUCUGGAGUUCUUGAGGAAGAAGGAUGAAGUCUUUGAAGACAGGUCGGGUGAUGUGGGAAUUUCUGGUGUGGUGCAGCCAGAUGCGGAACCGAAUGCGCCUGAGGAGCCGUUCGAUGAGGUGGUGGACAACGCGACGUUCCACGACGAGGAGGAUACAACUGCCUGGGAGCCUUCGGCAUCGACGGUGGAGCAGCACUCCUCCAACCACGUCCCACGGGCUAGUGAGCGAGAAAUCGAACAGGCUCACGCUCCUCCUGAACGACCUGUUGAGAAGAUGGAAGAGCCACCGACGCCGCGCUCUGCGAGGAACAGGCCUUGGUUCGGCCGGACUGAAAGACAAGAGACUCACAUCAUGCCCGAGGGCUUCGGGAGAAGGGAAGAGGCACCGGCUGCGGCGUCAUAUACCCCGUUUGCGUAG